GGGUGGAGGCGAUGCGCGCUCGGAGAGAGGGAUGAGGAAGAGCGCGGACAAGAGUUUCCCCGGGGUUCACGGGUCCACCGAGGAUUCUGUCUCGAAGGCUCACCAGAGCUGCCGGGAUUUGGCAUUGGAAACAAUGGAGACUCGGGGCUGGAGACAAUGGCGCGAGGGUUGGGGGACAGGAGAGACUAGGAGAGCGUCUUUGGCCUAGCGCCGCAGGGCCUGGCCCAAGGCCCCAGAGACAGCGCCCCAGGGAACCGCAGGUGUUGAUUUAGAGCUGAGAUCAGGCGAGCCUCUGCCCACAACCUGCGGCGCCUGGGGCCCGGCCGGGAGAUCCGGCGCCGGGUUUUUUGAUCCGCCCGCAUCUUGAGGCCGCGCCUAGAGCCGCCAGCCCGUGGAAGCGACCCCGAGCGCUGUGGGGUCCGUGGGCGUCCCCGCCCUCACUUCGGUCUCCUAGCCAGCGAGAUUCAACUCUGGGACAACUCUGCAAUCGGCGGGCAGCCCUGCGGAAAAGACCCACAUCACACGCUCCUUUGGCCUCUAAGCGAUUUGCCUGGGGCCAGUCUCCCUGGAAACCGACGUUUUGCGGUCCAAAGAGUGACUUUUCCUCCUCAGGAUCCUGCUCUGCCUUCAGAUUUCGACUUCAGUGGCACCUCCUCAGCGAGGCCUCACAUCACCAAGCCAACUGAAUGAACGACCCACUCCCUCUCCAUCACAUCAUCCUGACUGAAUGCGCAGUGGGGCACUGAUUUUACUCUCGCGUGUCUUCUGCGUUUGUUUAUUGUCUGUCUUUGGAAUGUCCGCUCCACAAGGGCGGGGCGGUGCUUUUCUGGCGCAGAGCCGGCCUAGCGGCGCCCAGGAACUGAAGGGCCUCCACGUUGGCUGAAGAAGUGAACUAGCUUAGCGGUUAGGGAACGCUGCGGCCGCUGGCACUUCUGGAAGGGGCGGGGCGGGGCUCGCUCUGGCCCCGCCCCUGCCGCUCUUUCCCCGCCUCUCCCUGAAGUCCUCCGAGGGUUGAGCUGAAGCUUUGGGCUCCGGCCUCCCUGGCUCUUUCUGCAGCCGAAGCGAAAACCCGGAACGGCGGAGCGGCGCCGCCCCACGCGGCACCUCCCCGGCAACCCUCAAGGCCGCGCUGGGCAUGCUCAGUCAACAGGGCCGCUUCAGCUCUCGGAGUAGGAAGCUCGGGCGCUCCGGCUAUAAGGAGCCGCAGCGGGGGGAAAAUGGAGCCCUUCACCAAUGAUCGACUUCAGCUCCCCAGGAAUAUGAUUGAAAAUAGCAUGUUUGAGGAAGAGCCAGAUGUGGUGGACUUAGCCAAAGAACCUUGUUUACAUCCUCUAGAGCCUGAUGAGGUGGAAUAUGAGCCCCGGGGUUCCCGACUGCUGGUGCGAGGUCUUGGAGAACAUGAGAUGGACGAGGAUGAAGAGGAUUAUGAGUCAUCUGCAAAACUACUGGGCAUGUCCUUCAUGAACAGAAGCUCAGGCCUUCGGAACAGUGCAGCUGGCUAUAGGCAGAGUCCAGAUGGGGCCUGUUCAGUACCCUCUGCAAGGACCUUGGUGGUCUGUGUUUUUGUCAUUGUGGUUGCUGUCUCUGUAAUCAUGGUGAUUUACCUACUACCUAGAUGUACCUUUACCAAAGAAGGCUGCCAUAAAAAAAAUCAGUCAAUGGAACUAAUUCAGCCAGUUGCAACAAAUGGGAAGUUAUUUCCAUGGGCACAAAUUAGGCUUCCCACUGCCAUUAUGCCACAGCGCUAUGAACUUCACCUACACCCAAACCUAACCUCAAUGACUUUCAGGGGUUCUGUGACAAUUUCAGUUCUGGCUCUUCAGACCACAUGGAAUAUCAUUCUUCACAGCACAGGUCAUAAUAUUUCAAGAGUGACUUUAAUGUCAGCACUUUCAAGUCAAGAAAAAGAAGUUGAAAUCCUGGAAUAUCCAUAUCAUGAGCAAAUUGCCAUUGUUGCCCCUGAAGCCCUUCUAGCAGGACACAAUUAUACCAUGAAGAUAGAAUAUUCGGCAAAUAUGUCUAGUUCUUAUUAUGGGUUUUAUGGUGUCAACUAUACAGAUGAAAGCAAUGAGAAAAAGUACUUUGCAGCAACUCAGUUUGAACCCCUGGCAGCAAGAUCUGCUUUUCCUUGCUUUGAUGAACCAGUGUUUAAGGCCACAUUUAUCAUCAGGAUCAUAAGGGAUGAGCAAUACACUGCUUUAUCAAAUAUGCCUAAGAAGUCGUCAGUCCUUAUGGAAGAUGGACUUGUUCAGGAUGAGUUUUGUGAGAGUAUGAAGAUGAGUACUUACCUGGUUGCUUUCAUUGUGGGAGAGAUGAAGAACCUGAGUCAGGAUGUAAAUGGAACCCUGGUUUCGAUAUACACUGUGCCAGAAAAGAUUGGUCAAGUUCACCAUGCCUUGGAAACAUCUGUGAAGCUUCUUGAGUUUUAUCAAAACUAUUUUGAAAUUCAAUAUCCACUUAAAAAAUUGGAUUUGGUGGCCAUUCCUGAUUUUGAAGCAGGAGCAAUGGAAAAUUGGGGUUUGAUAACCUUCCGAGAAGAGACUCUUCUGUAUGACAAUAAUACUUCUUCGGUGACAGAUAGAAAACUGGUCACUAAAAUCAUUGCUCAUGAGCUGGCCCAUCAGUGGUUUGGUAAUCUGGUAACAAUGCAGUGGUGGAAUGACCUAUGGCUAAAUGAAGGUUUCGCCACUUUCAUGGAGUAUUUUUCUUUGGAAAAAGUAUUCAAAGAGCUCUCCAGUUAUGAAGAUUUCUUAGACGCUCGAUUUAAAACCAUGAAGAAAGAUUCGUUGAAUUCAUCUCAUCCAAUAUCAUCAUCUGUUCAGUCUUCAGAACAAAUUGAAGAGAUGUUUGAUUCUCUUUCCUAUUUUAAGGGAGCUUCCCUCUUGUUGAUGCUGAAAACUUAUCUUAGUGAAGAUGUAUUUCAACAUGCUAUCAUUCUUUACCUGCAUAAUCAUAGCUAUGCAUCCAUUCAAAGUGAUGAUCUCUGGGAUAGUUUUAAUGAGGUUACUAACAAAACACUAGAUGUAAAGAAAAUGAUGAAAACAUGGACCCUGCAGAAAGGGUUUCCUUUAGUGACUGUUAAAAGGAAAGGAACAAAACUUUUCAUACAGCAAGAGAGAUUCUUUUUAAAUACGAAGCCUGAAAUUCAGCCUGUAGAUACAAGUUACCUGUGGCAUAUUCCAAUAUCCUAUGUCACUGAUGGAAGAAAUUAUUCAAAAUAUCGAUCAGUAUCACUACUGGACAAGAAAUCAGAUAUCAUCAAUCUUACAGAACAAGUACAGUGGGUCAAAGUCAAUACAAACAUGACUGGCUAUUAUAUUGUACAUUAUGCAGACGAUGACUGGGCAGCACUAAUCAAACAGUUGAAAAUAAAUCCUUAUGUUCUGAGUGACAAAGACCGAGCCAACCUCAUCAACAACAUCUUUGAACUUGCAGGCCUAGGCAAGGUGCCUCUUCAGAGGGCCUUUGAUUUGAUUGAUUAUCUUAGAAAUGAGAGCUAUACUGCACCCAUCACUGAAGCCCUGUUCCAGACCGGCCUUAUCUAUAACCUUCUUGAGAAACUGGGGCAAAUGGAUCUGGCCUCAAGACUGGUGACCAGAGUAUUUAAAUUGCUUCAACACCAAAUUCAACAACAAACUUGGACUGAUGAGGGCCCUCCAUCUAUGCGAGAGCUUCGAUCAGUCUUGCUAGAAUUUGCUUGCACCCAUAGCCUGGAGAAUUGUAGCACUGAAGCCAUGAAGCUCUUUAAUGAUUGGAUGGCAUCCAAUGGAACUCAAAGCCUGCCUACUGAUGUCAUGACUACUGUGUUCAAAGCUGGAGCAAAAACUGAGGAAGGCUGGUUAUUCCUCUUAAGCAAGUACAAAUCUGUAGGCUCUGAAGCAGAGAAAAACAAAAUACUUGAAGCUCUUGCCAGCUCAGAGGAUGUAUGGAAACUUCACUGGUUAAUGAAAAGUAGCCUUGAUGGAGAUAUCAUCCGAACACAAAAGUUGUCAUUUAUCAUUAGAACAGUGGGCCGACGUUUUCCUGGACACUUAUUGGCAUGGGAUUUUGUCAAGGAGAACUGGAAUAAGCUUGUACAGAAGUUCCAUCUUGGGUCCUAUACCAUACAAAGUAUUGUUGCUGGAUCUACUCACCUGUUUUCAACGAAGGCACAUUUGUUUGAGGUCCAGGCAUUCUUUGAAAAUCAGUCGGAGACAACCUUUCGGCUUCGUUGUGUCCAGGAGGCCUUGGAAGUCAUUCAGUUGAAUAUCCAAUGGAUGGAGAAGAAUCUCAAAAAUCUGUCUUGGUGGCUGUAGCAUGCACAACUGCACCUCGUUUUGUCACCCAUUUAGAGAGCUUGUGAAUUUGGGCUCUGUUGCUUCUGCCAAAGCCAAGGUGAAGCCAAGACUGUGGCAGAGUUGUUUGCACUGUUAAAAGUUCUAGUUAGCUCAGGGCCCAACUGUCUUUUCUGAAAUGUCUUUAGGCAGUAUGUAGUUAUUUAUUACAAAAUUAUAUUCAUCUGUAUGCCAAUCAUCUACAAAAACAAUAAGUAAUUUUUCUACCUUGAAGAUAUAUGGGGAAAAAAUCAUUUUUGGAAUUCUACCCUAUUUCUCAGUGUCCAGGAAGUUAUUGAGCCAGUGAAACAAGGAAAGGUCUGCUGUAAGACCCACCGUCUUUGCAUGCUGCUGGUUUGGCAGCCCUUUGUUGCUUCUUGUUUUCAAAUGCUAUUGAAAGGUGGCUCAGAGCUGGCCUUGAAGGGUAUGAUAAUGAAGAUGGUGACACAUGCAGCUGCAGAGAACUGAUUUGUGUGCAGAUCUACUUUUGAUUUUAGGGUUUUGAGUAAUCCUUUAUUUUCUGAAAAAAGUUUAAAUAAUAUCUCUAUUAUAUUUUUUUUCCUGCACAAUAGCUGGGUGCUACCGAAUUUUUUAAAAAUUUUUGUUGUUAUUGAACAGAUAAAUAACCAGGACAAAAGGUUAAAUUUUCCAAAUAUUUAAUACUUUUUGUUUCAUCUAUAUAGUGUUACCAUAGGAAAAUGUUCCAAACUGAGUUAGAGUUAAUUAUAAUUAUUUUUUUCAUGAAUGCCAAUAAUCCCCAAAAUCUAUACACUGUCAUCGCUCCUGUCCUAGAUAGGCCUUUUUUUCAGAUAAAUAUUUGUUUUAGAUAAAUAUUUCUGUGUUUGUGACAAACAAUCUGUUAGCACUGGUGUUUUUCAUUGUGACUUGUAUCUCUAGUACUAAGAAUGCAAUUUGCUUAAGUUGUCUUUUGACCUCACAGAUCAUAGAUACUUUCUCUCUAAAUCACACCCAUGUGUGGAUUUUCAUUUUAUAUGAUACAGUGGCAUAUUAGAAGCAUAUUUUAAAAUAGGGCCUUUGACAAAUUAAAAAAUUUUAUUUGAAGUUCACCAUAGUACCUUAAAGAAACAAAGAGAAUGUGGGAUAGGAAUAAAUCAAAUUCAUGCUUAAUAUGGUGGGCUUUGAAUUUUUUCCACUAUUAAAAACAGUACUAUACUUUGGUUGAAAAAAAAUCAUAUUCUUCUUUUAUUAUGGCCAAACUAACAUUAAAUGGAGUGGCCAAGGAAAGACAGAAUGAAAGAAAGAAAUCCAAAAUUGUAUGGCAUUUUACUCCUGAAGGAGAAAUACUGUACUUGAACUUUUUGAGCUAUGCAGACUUAUAAGUAGAUUGUUAUGUUUCCUUGAUUCUUAGUAGAAAAGUUUUCUUCAUAAUAACUCUUGAGAACUUUAUAUUUUCUUUGAAAACAGCAUAUAUGUACAUAAAAAGGGGAAUGACUUGUUUGUGAGCACUUAAAACACUCCACACAGACAUUGGGAAAGGUCACCUUUUUUUAUUCAGCAGAUAUGAAGUUAGGAAAUGUGGGGUUGUGUACAAAGUUAUAUUUUAUUUUAUGAAAAUAUUUUUAUAUAACAAAAUUUAAAAGGCUGGCAAGCUAAAAGAUAGCCUGCUUUAAUCCUAGUGUGUCUUUCUCAGUUUAGUCUUUUCUAAACAUUGAUUUGUUUUUGAAAAUAUUAUGAGAAUCACAGAAUCAUCUGAAGAUGUCUUAUUGAAACUGAGAUGAUUGUAGAUCUUUAUUCCCCUGUGCUUUGGUAAAUGAACGAUAAUUUACUUGAUAUUUAAAGGUAGUAUGUUUUUGUACUUUCAGAGUGAAGGAAAAAAUACUAAUCUUUUAGGGAAUUUUUUGUUACUGGCAUUUUACCAUCUUAUAUUACUAAGUUCCAAUUUGAUACAGAGUUUAAAGUUUGCUACUUCUUGAAAUCAGUUAAGAUUCUUCAGUUUUAUCUCCCCAUCUUCACAUUGCUCCUAAAAUACAUGUUAACUCUGCAUUUGGUAAAUCUUGUAUUUAAUUGAUAUAAUUUUUUUCUGUGACUGUAUGUGGGGUACAGGUGGUAGCGUGUUGUUGUAAGUAAAACCUUACCAAAACAUGGGCUGAAAAAGAGGUAACUCAUGAUCCAUUACUCUCCCUAUACCCAAAGAUGUUCAUUCCCAUGAUACUGGAUCCAUACUAUCUGCAAUUUUAUUUGUAGCCCUCACCUCAGUUUUUUUGUCAUGUUAGUAGUCCUCAUCUCUGUUUUUCCCAUGGAAUUCCAUAAUUUUUAAUGUUAUGCUAACCCAUUUAUAUGGGAAUUAAGUCAGGAAUACAAGGUUAAAUGAGAGGUAUAACUUAUAGUUAUUAAUUAUAUUGGUAGUUUUCUGAUCCCUCCCCCCCAGUUUUAUGUUAUGCAUUGUAUUUCUUGGAAUGCAGAAGCACAGAAGUCGUAAUAUGCCUUCACAUAAGCACACAGCUAUCUGACAUAAUUGAGUACUUGUUGAAAUGAGUAUUUAGUUCAUUGAAGAGAGACGAUCUACUUGAAUAUACUAUAAAAAGGCACAUGCUACUAAAUCAUUAGGAAAGACAGAAUUGGAAAUCUAGAAUUGUAGAAGGAAAACAUGUACCUUGGAGACCUGAAAGGUUCAGAAAAAAGAAAUUGGAGGAGUUCAGAUUGUUCUGUUGUUAUGAAGGGAUUAGACAUUAUACUGCAAGUACUGGCAGCUUCCAUCAUAAGCUUAUGCCUUCCUCCAUCUUUUUUUUUUAAGUUUCUUUAAAUGAAAUUGUAUUUGUUCUUGUUUCAGUGUUCACAAAAUUACUAUAUCAGGCUCUAUUUAACUUUUUUUUUUUUGCUAUAUGUUUUAAUUUUAUGGGACUUUAGCCACUGUUACUGUAGGAAUAAAAAUGCUCUCAGAAGAGUCCUGGGUAUAGAGAGCAAAUCAAGCUGCAUCAGUAUUUUUGGGCACCAAUUAGAAUCCUUUCUGAAUAUUGGGAAGUAAGAAGUCAUAUUAAGUGCUAAGUUGUUUAGAAUACUGGUAGCCUGUUACUGAACAGGAUUUUAAGAGUCUAUGCAAACUAAAGCAUUGGAACCAAAAUUUGAAAUUAGGCUGCUGAGCAUUUACAUGACUCCCUUGUGUUUCAUGGGGCUACAGGGAAGGUACAAUCCAACUCAGAUGUAUCAUCACCAUGGACAGCAGUUCCUGGACUGAGUGGCAAAAUUAGACCUGGAUUUUGUUACAUAGGCCUAAGAAUUGGGGUCAUAGGUAUGAUGGAGCUCUUCUCACCUUUGCCUUUAUUACUUUUGUUUUUAUUGGAAUUAUCUCUUUUUUUAAAAAAAAAAAAGAUUUUCCCCCCCUAACCCCCAUUUGUAUUUUUUAAAACUAAGGUAUAUUUUUUGCUUAGUUCUGCAUUCUUUUAUUUUGUGCUUUGUUCUCUUCAUUGGCAAGUAAGUACCAAGUGAAAAGUGGAGGUCCAAAAAAGGAUGAUGAAUCCCCUCAUCUCCCUUUCCCAUUUGCCUGCAUGGCAAUAGCUAGUAGAAUAAUUGAUUUUUUUUACAUGGUUUGGGAAGAUAUAUAUACUUUUUAAAUGUACAUAUGUGUUUUUCUGUUUUUAUAUCUUUCAUCUUAAAUAUUUUGUCUUGAUGAAAAAUGAAAUACUGUCCUAUGAAUCUCUCUCUCCCCUUCCCAUAUUACCUUUGUAACAAUAGCUGCAGAGUAAGUAUUUGGUUUCUUUUUCUGAAAGGAGAUGGUAGUGCUUGAAGGAAUGCAGAGUAGCUUCUUUUAAAAGUAUGAACAAAUGAACUAGGUACAGUGGCACACGCUUGCAAUCCCAGCAAUUUAGGAGGCAAAGGCAGGUGGCUUGCAAGUUCAGGUGAUCCUGGGUAACUUAGUGAAACCCUGUCUCAAAAUAAAAAUUAAAAAGAACUGGGAGUCUAGCUCAGUGUUAGAGCACCUCUGGGUUCAAUCCCGAGUAACUCCCCCCCCCAAAAAAAAAUGAGUACAAAUGUUUUUGCUGCUAUUUUGUGUUGUUUCAUUUUGCACUUCAUUUUUCUUUUUAAUGGGCAUGUCAAUAAACUGUGGAGGUCCACAAGUAUGGAAUUGUCCUAUUUACCUCUCUUAUUGCCUGCAUGGAUAAUAGCAGAGUGGUCAUAUUGGCUGUUGCUUGGAUCUAGUCUUAGGGACUAUUGUUCUUUCAAGUGCAUAUAAACAUUAUGCUACUUUUUAUGCUUCAUUUUAUAGGUCUUUGCAUGGUUGCAUAUAUGCUUAAAAAUUGAGCUUUAGAAUAUAAUAAAUCUCCUGCUUUCCCUUUUCCUUUUUGUCUUGUUAGGCAGUAGCUAAUAGAGUAGUUUGUUGUGUUUGCUGUGAAUGGGAUUUGCACUCAGUGUGUAUAAAUGUGCUUGCUACUACAAGGUAUUACUAAUUCAUUUUGUACUGUGUCCUCCUCAAGGACAUGAAAAGACCUAGUGAAACAUGGAGGUCCAGAUGUGUAUCAGUUGCCUCUUCUCUCCACCUCUUAUGCCUGUUGGGCAGCAGCUAGAGUAGUUGUGGAGUGAGGUAUUUGGAGGGUAGGGGAAAGGGGAAGUGCACUUAGUGUAUAUAUGUGUUCUUACUGUUAUCUUGUAUUAAUUCAUUGGGUAACCAGACCGGAAGCUACCUAAUGAACCAUGGAGUUCCAGAUGUAUAACAAUCUCCUCUUCUCCCUUUCCCUUACUGCCUGUUUGGGCAAUACUUUUUAAAACAGUUUUGAGUUUUUUGAAGGUUUUUAUGCUAGAGGAGUGAAAGUGGUUUUAAGGUAAGAGUAUAUACUUUAAACAUGUAUAUAAAUGCUUUUGCUGCUUUUUGAUUAUUUUUUCAUUUCCUAUCUUGUUCUUUGUGAAGAAAGUUGAGGAUCUUUCUAUGACAAAUCUGCUCUUCUCUUUCAUUGUAUUAUCUGUGUGGGCAAUGCCUGGUAGUAUAGGCAGUUAGUUGCAAGGCUUCUGUAGAAGCAUAUACUUUUUAAAUGUAUGUGCCUAUUUUUACUUCUUUUUUGCAGUAUUUUACUGACUCACAGUCCUUCAACUUGGACAUGUGAGGUUCCUAGUGCACCACAGAUUCUCUCCUCUUCUCCUUUUUCCUUUUUAUUUGUGUGGACAAUAAUUCUAAAGUAUUUUAAGUUUUUAGGGAUGAAUGGGGACUAAGGACAGGAUAUAUACUAUAAAACAUGUCUGUGGUUUUUGUUACUGUAUUGUGUUUUUUUAUUUUGUGCCAGGUCCUUUGUGUGGACUUAUAGAUAUCUAAUGAGACAUGGAGGUCCGGAUGUAUGAAAAUUUCCUCUUUUCCCCUUUCCUUAUUGCCUCUGUGGGCAAUAGUUGUAGAGUUGUAGAUUUUUUUUUUUUUACUCCACACCUCAGAAGGAUGGGGAAUGUACUUUUAUAUCUGUAUAUAAAUGUUUUUGCUCCUUUUUUAUGUUAUGCAUUUUGUACCUAGACCUUUCUAUGGACAUUUAGGUACAUAAAGAAAAUUGAGGUUCAUUCUAUGAAAAAUUAUCCCUUCUCCCCUUCCCUUAUUGCCUAUAUGGGCAAUGACUAGUAGAGUAGUUGUUUAGUUGUGUUUUGUUUUUGGUUUGGGGUUUUUUGUUUGUUUUUGUUUUGGCAGGGCUGGGAAUUUUAUGAGUUUAUAUAUAGAUAUAUAGAUAUAGAUAUAGAUGUGUAUUUUAAUGUAUAUAAAAGUCUACUAGUUUUAAUUUUUUUCACUUCCAAUCUAGUGUUUUGUUUGGACUUGUAGGUAUCAAAUAUAAUGAGAGACUCAGACCCAGAGGUAUGAUGUAUCUUCCUUCUCUUUCCUUAUCACCUGUGUGUACAGGUAGUAGUAUCUAAGUACUGUAGGCCUUGUUUUGGUGUGUGUGUGUGUAUGUGUAUGUUUUGUUUUGGGGUUUUUAAUGGGGAAUGAGCUUAUUAAGAAAAAAGGCUAAAUGUAUAUAUUUUUAAUAUGUAAAUAUUUUUUCACCUUUUUGAAUCUUACCCUUUGCAUGACUAUUUAGAUACUUAAUGAACAUUGAGAUUGACUCUAUGAAAAAUAUCCCACAUACCCCAUCCUUCAUUGCCUGGUGGGCAGUGGUAGAAUAGAUAUUUGUUUUCUUUGUUGGGGGGGUCUGGUUGUACAUAUACUUUUAAUAUAUAUAAAUAUUUACUGCAUUCUGUGUGUUAUUUCACAUUGUACCCAGACCUUUACUGGGACUUGUAGAUUCAUAAUGAAACAUGGAGGUCCAGAUGUAUGAUAACUCUCCUCUGCUCCCUUUCCCUUGUUGCCUGUAGGGGCAAUACUUUUAUAACUUGGGUUUGCUUUUUUAUGGGGAGGGUUUUUUGGGUAGGUUGUGGAAAAGGGAUGGGGUAUAUACUUUUUAAAAAUAUAUAUAUGUAUUUCUGUUAUCAGUCAGGCUCCUUGUCCUUUGCAUAGAUAGAUACACAGGUGCCUAAUGAAAAUCGAGGAUCAGUGUAUGACAGCCUCCCAUUCUCCCCUUCCCCUUACUGCUCACACAGGCUAUAGUGAAUAGGAUACUUGUGUGCUGUCUACUCAGUUGUUUGUUUUAGAGGAAGUUUUGGUAGAGGGAUAGUCUUACUAAGAAUAGAUAUGUUUUCAUUUCUGUGUUGUUUUAUUUUUUUAUUUAGACCUUUGUAUGGCUGUGUAAGAACCUAAUGAAAAUUGAGUUUCAUAAGAUAACAGAGCACUUCUACCUUUCCCACAUAUUUCCUCAUUUAGUGGUAGUUAGUAUAGUUGUUUUAUGGUUAUUUGUCUUUAUUCUUAAAGCUACAUACCUUUAAGGAUAUAAAUACACACACACACACACACACACACACACACACAUAUAUAUAUAAUUUGUUUCCUUUCCCCCCAUUAUUUCCUUUUUAUACUUGGUCGCUUGCAAGGCUCUGAAUGUACCUAACAAAAAUAAAGGCUCACUAAGUCCUUGCCAUAUGGCUUGAAGGUGUAGCAGUGUGGUGGUGUAAUUAAUGCCAAUAUGCAUGCAGCAAAUAAAAUGAGAAAGGACACUUGGAUAUGGUUGAGUAGCAAAAACUUAUCAGAUCCAGCAUUUCUUGUGUUGAUUUACACUGAGUGAAAUGGUGAAAAGGAACCUGUACUUUUGUACAUUCCAGAAAGGCAGAGAAUAGUACUAAGUAGAGGUGUGUUUAAUCUUCACUGCUGAUUCAUCAUUCAGUAAUUGGCAAGCUGUUGAAGCAGGUAAGCCAGUUGAAGACCCUAAGAGUAGGUUACUUUUAAGGCCUGGAAUUUUGAUUUAUCUACAGAAAUCCUUUAUAGAUCAGUAACAUAUUCUUUCAAACCCAGUAGGAAUUAUUUUUGACUGUUGGAAUGAAUAUUUUGAGUAAUUUCCAUUGCUUUGGUGAAUGACAACAUGGGCCCAAAAACUAAUCCAAAAUAAGUUUUGGGGACAAGCCCUUCCCAUCUUUCAACAUCCACAUGUGGCAGGGCAAGUUCGCCCUUUUCUACCCAGAACUCUUUUGUGUGGCUUAUCUCUUUCCUCAGUUCUCCUUAGGCUGGAUCAUCCCUGCUCUUUUUUUCUCUUUUGUCUUCAGUGUCUGCACUGUUAGAUUAUCUUCAGUUGUGCUUAGAAAUUUAAGCCAGUGUUGCCUCAUUAGCUUUGUUCUUUUUUUUUUUUAUGCAACUCAUGCACCCAGGCCUGUAUGUUUGCUUUUAGCCUUCUUAUAUCAUAUUUCACAUUGUGUUUUCAUUUGCCACAUGUUAUGACUGCACAUUUGUCUGCAUCACAGAAAAUGCAUGUGUAAACCUCCUUCUCACUGCAGCAUAUUACAAUUAUUUGUUUGGUUUCCACCUUUGUAAUGAUGCUGUUUCGUGCUUAAGAUUUGCCAUAUCAUUAUUUUAAAAACAUUGAGUGAUAGGAUUCCUAGAAAAGUUGGAAGGACAUAUUAUUUACCAUAUCAAACUCUCAGGUUUUAGUGUUGAAAAAUUAGCUUAUACAUUGCUGUUACUUAUACCUGCUGCUGUAGGAAAAAUAAGAGUUUAUUCAUGACACACUUAACUUUGAUCAUAAAUAAAAGAGAAAUGGGCACCUUUUUGCAGUUAGUCAUGGUAGUCAUUAGUGAUAUUUCUGAACGGUUUUUAAUUUGAAGUACUUCAAAGGAAGUAAAAGGUCAUGGCUUAGCUGAAUGAAAUGCUCCAGAAGUUGGACUGUGUAAACCACCAGUACAAUAAUAUACUUGUUUGUGUAUGUGUAUAUAAAAUGAGAAUUACAGCAUAAUUGGAGCAUUUUCAUUAAUCAGCAAACUCACAUUGAGACAAACCUUAGUCUUACAGCUGUCUUGAUUAAAGCCAAGUGUUCCAUGUUGCUGUGAAGAUUAGGCUUUUUCAAAUACUUUGAAAAGUAAUUACUUGGAAAAUUGUAAUAGUAUUACAUUUUUGUAUUUAAACACCUAUAGAGAUCUUCAGUUCCUUCAGUCUGAGCUUGUUGGUGAAAAAUCUAAAUUUGUACUAUAAUAUGUCUUUUGUGGAAGAUUUUGAAAAUAGUGUGUGUGUAUAUAUAUAUAUAUAUAUACAUAUAUAUGUGUGUGUAUAUAUAUAUAUAUAUAUAAUAUUAUAUAUGCAAAUUGUGUUGCUUCACCUCUAAAGGGAAAAAGUUUAUUUUUCUUUAUACUUCUCAUAACUUGUUUUGCAUAUGACCAGCACUGAUUGAAAGGCAUGUUUAACUGCAAACACUGUUGCUUAUUUUUUUUCCUUUGGGAAAUGAAAAUAAAAAUAUUUAAAUACA